UCGUCAGCUUGUUUUUAGGAAGCUACAACAGAGGACGCGAGGAAAUUAUUUUCUAAUUGAGAGAUUCCCCUGUUUUGGUGACCACCAACCGUCCUCGAGGACAGGAAAUCGCGGUUACUUCAAUUUAUUGUUUACUUUGUGGAGUUCCCGUUUACUUGUCUUGAUUGAUAACAACAAAUCCAUUAUACUUAACAAAACAACGUAGAUAGUGGUCGAAAUAAAUUGAUUGGGCGCAACUCAUAGUUUUUAAGCCAGUUAGCUGGGCAACGUUACUAUUUUACUACUUUUACCGAUUUUAGUCCGUAACUCAAUUGUUCCCCUGAAAAGUUAGCUGCACAGUGUUUGUUACUUUUCGGUUCGCUAAAACGGUUGAACUUCUUGAAGAUGGAGCUUCGAAGGCAGCCGACCCGAGUUCUGAAUUUGAGAAGGUCUAAACGUUUCAGAAAAAAUAACAGCACGUUUUUAGAGGACUCGGAAGAGGACACAGAAGAGCUUAUGAUGGAUGAUGGUAAUUCUCCACCCUUGUCAGAGGAUGACCGAACAAAGGGGGCUGGGGAAGCAGACUCUCUUCUGGAAGUGACGGAUGCAAGGAAUUGGACUGUAAUGCUGGAACGGAUAGACCCAGAGGAAGACUCUGAGAAAAAAGGGGAUGAAGAAAAAGACACCCGUAAAACUGGGAAACAACCUGCCUCUCGAAUUCCUGCUUUUCGCAAAACACUAGCCAAAAAACAGCCUACCAGCAGUAGUCAAAGCUCAGACCCAGCUGUCCCACCUCCUUCCAGAAAAGAGCCUUUUAACCAGUCAGCGUCAACAAGUACUAAUGUAGAGGCCAUGUCAAGAUCUAAAAUGCCCAGUAUUAGAGAAACAAGUCUUCCUCUACCAUCAGUCCGUCUUACCAGAAUCAACCCAGAUACCCUUUCUCAUAAUGCUAGCUCCCUAGAGCAAACCAUCACUUCCCUGGAUUUGACUCCAUCCGACGAGGAUGAGAAUUUACAUCCUAUGACAGCAACUGCUAGACCAGCCCUCAGGAUGGAAACAGGGGACUGGGACGACCCAGAGGAUGCACUCCAUACCAGUCAAGAUCUCUCCACUUCAUCUGAAAAUCCAAGUCAGACAUACAGCAUUGCUGCUGAAGCUGCUAAGAAAGACCCAGAGGACGGGUUGAAGUGGUUGAAACACCAGUACAAGAGGCAUCAGACAGAGUAUGUGGUGGAAACACAGGACAAGAGGCCUCCCCGUGAGGCAGAGGCCAUGGAGUUUGAGUUUGUAUUAAAUGAGGACAACGCUAGUUUGGAGAAGGAGUUUGAGAUGACGAAGCCCUACGUUGAAGCUGAGAGUUUCAAAGAACCUCAGGUUGUCAGUGGGAAGAAUCAAGGCAACUUGGCCAAGAAGGGGAAGAGUUCUGAAAAGCGCUCUGAAUUUCCACCAAAAGUAACCAAUGUGGAUACCACACUCACCUCGUCUAGAGCAGUGAAUCAGACAACAAAGCUAUCCAGUCCGUCAAACAAGACCUCGUGGUGCUGGAGCUUUGCAGUAUUCUGCCUCUUCCCCUCUAUCCUGCUUGUCAUUGGGGGAUUCGGUCAACACGUUUGGCACUAUGGGAUGCCAAUGUCGGUGUCCCAGUUAAUGGGACAGUUGGAGCUGCAUUGGCUGGAGGGACUGUGGGUGCCACACCAGCCUUGUGGCUCAGAUUGUCGUGUGAGCUUGGUAGAGAGCAUCCCUGAAGGUCUAGUUUACCCGUCUGGCUCCGCCUCUCUGCCAAGUAUCUCGAAGACAUGGAUAGAUCUACUCAACCAGGCCAACAGCUCUGUGGACGUUGCUGCCUUCUACCUCACCCUCCGAGACAGUGCCCUGGGAAUCACUGAGCCUAGUGCAGCAGAGGGAAAAGAGGUUUUCAUGCAUCUCAUGGAACUUGAGGCAAAAGGAGUGAAACUUCAUAUUGCUGUGAAUGGUCCUCAGACUGAUACUAAAGACACAGAAGAUUUAUCUAGAAAAGGUGCAGAGGUUCGGGAGGUGGAUCUCCAGUCUGUGACUGGAGGUAUAAUCCACACCAAACUGUGGGUUGUGGAUCAGAAAAACCUCUACCUGGGCAGUGCCAACAUGGACUGGCGGUCCCUUACACAGGUGAAGGAAGUGGGGGUGUCCAUGGAGGACUGCAGCUGUUUAGCACAAGAUGCAUCACGGAUAUUCGGGGUGUACUGGAACAUUGGCGCUCAGAAAAAUGGUUCCCUUCCCCCCUUCUGGCCUGCCCGAUAUUCUGCUCUUUCCAGCUCCAAGAACCCCUUGAAUCUCAAGCUCAACGGAGUCCCUGCACGGGUCUACCUCUCGAGCGCGCCGCCCCAGAUAUCAGCAUAUGGACGAUCUGACGAUCUCUCCACCAUCCUCGCGGUCAUCGAAGAUGCCCAGAGAUUUGUCCAUAUCUCAGUCAUGGACUUUCUUCCAAUGUCCCAGUUCACUAAACCACUCCGGUUCUGGCCAGUGAUUGACACAGCUUUAAAGGCCGCGGCGUGUACUAGAGGGGUAGAGGUCAACCUGCUAGUGAGCUGCUGGGCACACUCUCCAGGCUCCAUGUUUGUCUUCCUACAGUCUAUGGCCGUCCUCAACAGGCCUCCCCUGCAAUGCAACAUCAAUGUGAAAGUGUUUGAGGUGCCUUCGACACCAGAGCAGGAGAAGAUCCCUUUCUCACGAGUGAACCAUGCCAAAUACAUGGUCACUGACAGAGUUGCCUAUAUAGGAACCUCCAACUGGUCUGAGAACUAUUUCACCCAGACGGCAGGAGUAGGAUUGGUAGUAAACCAGACGGGUUCUCUGGUCAGAGAGGGCCAAAGGACUUUACAGACACAGCUAGAAGAGGUCUUUCAACGGGACUGGGCAUCUCGGUAUGCAUCAUGGCUUUCAAUGGAUGAUGUCAAACACUGUGGUAGAUAAGCCAGCAGUGAACACCAUCACUGUCCUAAAUGGAAGGCUAUUCCCUACAUAAUGCACUGUGGUUGACCAGGGCUGAUGGCUUAUAUAUAUUAAAAUGUGUUAAUGGGAUUAAGUUUUUCAUGUGCUCUAUGCUGCCUGUCACAAAAGCGUGUGCUUACAUUGUAUUACACUUAUCAUCAAUUGUUGUUCAGCUACAGUCUACAUAUUACUGUAUAUAUUAGCAUUUUGGGUGUAAACAUAUUUUGUACUUGAGUUAUUGUUGUGGAAGGCUUCUGAAUUUAAAGUAUGCGUAUUGAAUACAUAUUUGAAGAACUGUAUUUUAUGAUAUGUCCUUUGCUUAAAAUGAGGCGUUUGUUGUCAAUGAGGAAGAAUAUUGGUCUGUAAUUUUCAUGCCUGGUGCAUUUUGUUUUCUCAUCUGUUUACAAUUGAACUUGAUCUUGAAA